AUGCUGGUGCUGCAGGUGUUCUGCAGCCUGAUUGGCUGGUUCUGUCUCUACCUGUUGUUCUGCUACACCUUCGCUCAGCGGGGGGCCGAGUGGAGCUGCAGACUCGUCACUCUGUCUCACGGUGUCAUCAUCGUGCUGCUGACGGGAUACGUCCUCUUCAUAGACGGACCUCUGCCUUUCACUCAUGCAGGUACAGAAAACACAGAGCUUCAGUCGGUCUCUCUGGCCGUCUGCCUCGGAUACUUCUUCUUCGACAUGUGUUGGUGCGUCUGCUUCCACACCGAGGGCCCUCUCAUGCUCGCUCAUCACGCCGGCAGCAUCGUUGGGAUCCUCCUGGCGUUGCUCAUGGGCGUUUCCGGGUGCGAAACCUGCGGCGCGAUCUUUGGCAGCGAGAUCACAAACCCUCUCCUUCAGACCCGAUGGUUCCUCCGGCAGCUCGGCCUCUACGAUAGCCUGCUGGGCGACGCCGUGGAUCUGCUGUUCAUCGUUCUGUUCGCCACCGUACGCGUGGGAGUGGGUACGGUCCUGUUUUACUGCGAGGUGACCUCUCCGAGAACAACGCUGAUAAUGAAGCUCGGCGGCGUGGCCAUGUACGCGCUAGCCUGGGUGUUCAUGGUGGACAUCGCACGGUUCUGCUGCAAGAAAAGUAGAGCGAAGUAUAAAAAGUGGCAGGAGAACAACAAGCUAAAACAAGCACAGAAAGUGAAUGGAAAAAGUGAAUGAAUUCUUAAUUUUAGUGCCACCUUUGGCGAUUUUGGUGUGAUUUGGGAGCUUUUGAUAAAAGGUGGCACAACAACAAAAAGCUCGAAGAAGUCUUUGGAAAUAAGUAACAGUUUUUUGUCGUUUGUUACACUCUUCGUUUUUGCUACU